CCAAACUCCUGACCCCCUGGCCUAUAUAAAACGAGCUUCUCACGAAUCAGAGAUCUUCUAGAGAUAUAGCUGAGCCUGACACAGGGACAUGGAAGAAGAGGAACAUGAGGUGUACGGAGGAGAGAUCCCCGACGAGGGAGAGAUGGAGGGAGAUAUGGAGGCUCACAACGCCGACGUUGACAUGUCCGCCGCCGAUGACGAUGCCGUUAAGGAGCUUGACGAGAUGAAGAAGCGUUUGAAGGAGAUGGAGGAGGAAGCUGCUGCUCUACGCGAAAUGCAGGCCAAAGUUGAGAAGGAGAUGGGUGCUGUUCAAGAUCCUGCAAGUGCUGCCGCUAGUCAGGCAAGCAGAGAGGAGGCUGAUUCACGGUCGGUCUUUGUCGGCAAUGUUGAUUAUGCAUGCACACCAGAAGAAGUGCAACAGCAUUUCCAGUCUUGUGGUACUGUCAAUAGAGUGACUAUUUUGACAGAUAAGUUUGGCCAACCGAAAGGUUUUGCCUAUGUAGAAUUCCUUGAAACGGAGGCUGUUCAGGAGGCUCUCCUUCUGAAUGAAUCUGAAUUGCAUGGCCGUCAACUAAAGGUUUUGGCCAAAAGGACUAAUGUCCCUGGAAUGAAGCAGUUCCGUCCAAGGCGUUUCAACCCUUAUAUGGGGUACAGAUUCAGGCGGCCAUACGUACCUCCUUAUUUCUACUCGCCUUAUGGAUAUGGGUACGUAUCUUCCAAAUGCUCUCUAUUCCUCUCCAACCUUAAUCGAGGUAGGAGAUUGAUUACUUUCUGUUUUCUCUUUUUACCUGCUGCAGGAAGGUUCCCAGGUUCAGAAGGCCAAUGCGAUACAUGCCCUACCAUUGAGACUGGAUGUCAUGUGGACAAAAUAACACUUGGCUAGUAUCAUGUGGUUGGAUGGGUACAUCCAGAAACUCUUAGCUCAUAUAUAUAUAUUGCUAUGAGAAGAAGCAUGGGGGUGACUUCUUUAAUCCAUUUAUCUCAGUCAUUAUUGGUAUUGUGCACUAUGAAUUGUAUGGCAAGAGUUAAGACAUUGAUGUUAUGCUGAUUACUUACUAAGGAUGUCGAUACUACAACCUUUUAAACAACUUUUCAUUACCCAAAGAAAAAAUGAAUUACUUUCUCUGCCAUUUGAGAGAAGGCUUGAAUUUGGAUGUUGCUGUGCAGAUUUCAACAAAAUUCCGUAUAGGUUUGAAUUGAGUUUUGUUCAAAUUUGCAGAGUUCCGAAUUCAUGUCUCGAAUUUUAUGUCUCCA